AUGGAAUUUGGUGACCCAUUUCUUGAUUGUGGCAACCUUUCCCACCCUCAAGAACCUUGGGCUGUGGAUGCGGAUACUCAAGAAGGUAUUCAAGCAUACCUGAUCAGGAGUCGCUGCAAAGAAGAGUUACGCAGGUUGACUAAGGAAGCAAGACAGACUGUCAAGUGGGCUCUUGAAUAUCAGGGACGCCUGGAUAAUUUGGCAAAAGAUAUUGAAGAAGGAAAUCUUCCUUCUUGGGCCAGGAAUAUGGAGAUGAUGCGUGCUUUGCAUCAUUCCCUGCUUAGGCAGGCUUGUAGACUAUGGUUACAUUGGAACCCUCAAAUAAGGACCCUUAUAGAACGAACAUCUACACCUGAAGGAUUUGAACAGCUUAAAGAGGAUGAUGAGCUGCUUUUUGCACGAUGGCAAGACAUGAUGGCAAGUUGUAUAAGAAGCUGGGAGGCGCAUGUAGGUAGGACUUUGAUUGCGGUGGAUGAGGAUGGGGCCUUGGGAGAUGCAGAGGCAGUUGGUAAUGAGAUGGAGGUACCUGACAUGGAUGAUGAUGAUGAUGAGGCGGAGGAGGAGGAGGAGGAGGAGGAGGAGGAGGAGGAGGAGGAGGAGGAGUAA